AUGGCACCUCCUUCCCCUGCCACGCUACUCCUCCUCUGCUCCCUCCUCCUCGCUCCGUUGGCCGUCGGCGAGCCCCAGCGCACGUCCUACAUUGUCCACAUGGACAGGUCCGCCGCGCCGCUGCACCACGCCGGCGACUGCCACGCCUGGUACACCGCCAUCCUGGCAUCGCUGGCGGCCGCGUCGCCGGACAGCGCGUGGGGUACCCCGCAGCAUCUCUACACCUACACCGAUGCGCUGCACGGCUUCGCCGCCACGCUCUCCCGCUCAGAGCUCCGCGCGCUCCGCCGCACGCGGGGCUUCGUGUUGGCGCACCUGGACCGCCGCGCCGCCAUCGCCCACGACACCACGCGCUCCCAGGAGUUCCUCGGCCUCAGCUCGUCCAGUGGGCUUUGGCCGGCGGCAAAUCUCGGCGAGGGCGUCAUUAUUGGCGUGGUGGACACUGGGGUGUGGCCCGAGAGCGCGAGCUUCGACGACGCCGGCAUGCCUCCGGUGCCGUCCCGGUGGCGCGGAGCGUGCGAGCCGGGCCAAGAGUUUCCCGCCACCAAGUGCAACCGCAAGCUGAUCGGAGCGCGCUACUUCAACAGGGGCUACGUGGCGAAGCACACCGCCACUAGCAUCUCCAUGAACUCGACGCGCGACACAGAAGGCCACGGCACGCACACGGCGUCCACCGCGGCUGGCAGCCCCGUGAAGUGUGCGUCCUACUUCGGCUAUGGGCGUGGCACGGCGCGUGGAGCUGCCCCACGCGCCCAUGUCGCGGCAUACAAGGUCGGUUGGCGCAUCGAAUGGCAGAUGUCCGACGUACUGGCCGGCAUGGACGCUGCGAUCGCGGACGGCGUGGACGUCAUCUCCAUCUCCGCGGGCUUCGACGACGAGCCGCUGUACGCGGACCCAGUGGCCGUCGCCUCGUUUGCCGCCAUGCAGCGCGUCGCGGCCGGCACGGUGGACCGGCGGAUAUUUGCUGGCACCGUGAGCUACGGCGGCGGCAACACGACGCAAGCGACCGCAACGAUCGCCGGGAUUACAUCGUACCCGGCUAAUGCUUGGAUUUCUGAAACGAAGAUGGUGUACGACGACACCUUGUCGGCGUGCAACUCGUCGGAUCUUCUCCAGACUCUGGCUCUGCCGACAAUAAUCGUGUGCCGUGACAUGGGCAUCGGAGGUAUCUUCAUGCAGAUGAAGACCGUCUCCAAGGCCGGCCUCGCUGCCGCCAUCUUCAUCACCAACAAUGAUGGCAAAUUUCUGCUGUUUUCCAUGCCGGCAAUCCUGAUCAGCCCGAAGGAUGCGCCGGCGCUGCUGAAUUACAUCGCUUCCAGCUCGCACCCGAGUGCCACCAUCACGUUCCAGCAGACGGUCCUCGGGGUACGGCCGGCGCCGGUGGUCGCGGGGUACUCUGCUAGAGGGCCGUCGCGGAGCUACGCCGGCGUGCUCAAGCCCGAUCUACUGGCGCCGGGGGACAGCAUCCUGGCGUCUUGGUCACCGGUCUCUCCGAUGGCGCGCAUAGGCCGGACUGAUCUGGUCGGCGACUUCAUGGUCGAUUCCGGGACGUCCAUGGCGUGCCCGCACGCGAGCGGCGUGGCGGCAUUGCUGCGGGCGGCGCACCCGGAUUGGAGCCCCGCCAUGAUCAAGUCCGCCAUGAUGACCACGGCGAGCAGGGUCGACAACACCCUCGCGCCGAUCACCGAUGGCAACGGCAACGGCAUCGCGAGCCCGCUCGCUAUGGGCUCGGGCCAUAUCAACCCCAACUCCGCGAUGGAUCCCGGUCUUGUGUUCGACGCCGGCUCCGCGGACUUCGUCGCUCUCCUCUGCGCCGCCAAGUACACGGAGGCCCAGAUCGCGGCGAUCACGAGCAACGUCGCCGUGGACGUGACGCCGUGGACGAUGGAGUUCGGCGGCGCGGGGCACAAGGGCAUGUUCGAGGUUGAGAUCAAGCUGAACGCGCCCACCGGCGGCGAGCCGGCCUUUGGUGCUCUUGUUUGGGCCGACGACAGCGGCAGGUACAGGGUCACGACCCCGUUCGUGGUGCUCUGA